CAAGGGGAUGUGUGUGUGCAAUCUGAAAGUCCUAACAGGGGACACAAAAACAUGAAGCCCAGGUCUCUCCUCUGUGUCCCGUGGCUUGGUCUAUUUGAUAACGCUAAUCAACAGGAUGUCAGUUGCAGCUACAGGCGGCAGGUCGACACCGGUGCUCCGGAGCACAGUCUCAGUCAACCGGAGGAGAAGAGGGCCAGAGAUAUGCACUUCACUUUUCAGCCGGAGAGAUCUUAUGAGCCUCUCGUAGAUGAAGACAACACCCAACAGCAACAAAAGGAGGACAAGAAAGCAAAAAAGAAAGCAAAGUAUAAGAAGUACAAAAAAAAUGUAGGAAAAGCUCUUCGCUACAGUUGGAAAUGUCUGCUGCUGGGACUGCAGAACUUCACUGUGGGAUACUCCACCCCUCUUUCCGCUGCUGCCACAAUUGUUCCAGAUUUCCACUCAGGAGAAGCUUGGGGCUGACCCCAGAUAUUUAUACUCCAGAGUCAGCUAUCUCCAAAGUGGACCAGUUAUCUUUAUACACAAAUGCAAACCUAAAAACUAUACUGUACAUCUGCAAAGGCAACUCAACUUCUCAUCCUAUAAAUUCUUGUAUAGAUCUUUGAUUCUAUGUAAAAAUGUUGGUCUCCACCCUGCACAAAGACCCACAGAAAUAAGGGAAAGAUACAGUAUCCUUUUACACAGAAUCAUAUCCAUGCAUAUUUUUCUGUGAUUAAAACUUAUUUAAAUGAAUUUCUGUAUGAAAAAUGAUUCUAUGAUUAUUUUAUGUGCAGGGUAAAAUGCCUGUGACAAUCUCCCAGUAUCAAAUGUCUUCAGCUGCUGGUGAAUACUUGGGUUUAUAUAUUUUGUUUCAGCUCACUUUAUAGAAGUAAUGUAGACAAAGGUGAAAAUUAUUUCGGUUCUUCAGUUGAUAUGUUCAUAUGUUCAUCUUUUCUUAGAAGAAUGAACUGAUCAUAGAAAUUUUUUCCCUUCAUAUUAUCAAUCUAGUAUAGUUUUAUUGGUUUAGUCCAUUUCAUGGACAAAAAAGAGAACGUGACAGAGAUGAAAUGUAAUGUAAGGAAAGUAAGAGCAAGUGUUUUCAAACUAUAAUGAGGGCAGGAGCCUUUAAGAGGCAGGGUGGAUUUUAAGAGGAACCACAACAGGAAAAGACGAUGUAAAACAAAGCAGAGAGGCUAGUGCAGAACUAAUGACACGAUUGUAACAAAUGCUUAAAGGUAUAGUUACCCACAAAAAGUUGUUAUAAUUUUCUAGAAAUUUAUUUCACAUGUAUCAUUCUCAUAUGUAACCUUCACUCUAGAUUCUAGCUUCUUUUAUCUGUGUUGUUACAUUACUGUGUCUUAGAUAGGGCUUCUAACAAAUACCACACUAAUUGUACCAGACAUUGCCAUCUCCAAUUUUAAUUGAUAGUCUCAGUUUAGGGCAACUUUCAAGUGAGAUGGCCUAGGCCAGAGAAUGGGUUAACCUGACAGUGACAUGUGUUUAUGCAAGUAAGCAAUCAGAGUUUUAGUUGAAUAUGGUAAGAUAUUGUUUGUUUGUAAUUUGUAAGGAAAUGAUUAUUGGGAGACUUCUUUUGAAUGAGAUAUCUCUUCCAGCUGAAUAAACUGUCUGCUGAUGGUGA